GGUUAUCAAUUUCAGCUGUGCUUUUCCUACUAUGACAAGUCAACAUGUCUGCUGUGAAAAAGGUCCAUUGGUGCUCAGAGUCUACGGCAGUGCCUCAGGAAUGAUUACAACAACCAGGGUGCUGCUGUAAGACGGGUACACUCCAUAUGGAUCUGUGUGAGGAAAGGGAGGAUGACGUCCUGCCAUUUAAAGUCUCUCUUUCUGUGGAACAUGGCAGCCAGACCAAAGCUGACAGCCCAGUCCAGCAGGAGACACCAGACUCCCCUGAACCCAGCGCUGUGUCUAUGAAGAGCGACUGGUCUAUGGCUGAACCCUUAACUUUUAGACUCGGAAAUCACUCUACAGAGCAGAGAGUCCAGCAGGAGACACCAGACUCUGCUGAACCCAGCGCUGUGUCUAUGAAGAGCGACCGCUCUAGGAAGCCACCUCUUGCCUUCAAACACAGGCACCACUCUACCGGACAAAGGGUCAACCAGGAGAGAUCCGAGGUUACUGUCAGUCACUCUGACAAUGUGCACAAUGAAGCCGAUCUGGCCUCCAUAUUUAUGCUUCUAGAGGAGAACAUCGUCACUUUUGUAAAGACUGAGCUGAAGAAAUUCCACGGAGUUCUUAGUCCAGAUUACCCAGAGUGCUUAGAGAGACAGAAGGACGAUAAGGAGGAGGAGGAGGUGGAUGGUGGAGAGGAAGAACAGAGGGAAAACAGCAGACAGGCCCUUCUGAAGAUCACACUGCACUUCUUGAGGAGAAUGAAGCAGGAGGAGCUGGCUGACUCUCUGCAGAGCAGAACUCUUGCUGCAGUGUCACAAAAUAAAAUCAAAAGUAACCUGAAAGGGAAGUUCCAGUGUUUUUUUGAAGGAAUUGCUAAAGCAGGAAACCCGACACUGCUGAAUGACAUGUACACAGAGCUCUUCAUCGCAGAGGGAGGGAGUGGAGAGGUCAACGACGAACAUGAGAUCACACAGAUCGAAACGACAUCCAGGAAACCAUCAAGACCAGAAACUAUGAUCAAAUGUGAAGACAUCUUCCAACCAUUGCCUGGCAGAGAGCAUCAACCAAUCAGAACGGUGCUGACAAAGGGAGUGGCUGGCAUUGGGAAAACAGUCCUCACACAUAAGUUCACUCUGGACUGGGCCGAAGACAAAGCCAACCACAACAUCCAGUUCACAUUUCCGUUCACCUUCAGAGAGCUCAAUGUGCUGAAAGCGAAAAAGUUCAGCUUGGUGGAACUUGUUCAUCACUUCUUUACUGAGACCAAAGAAGCAGGAAUCUGCAACUUUGACAAGUUCCAGGUUGUGUUCAUCUUUGACGGUCUGGACGAGUGCCGACUUCCUCUGGACUUCCACAACAACCAGAUCCUGACUGAUGCUACAGAGUCCGCCUCAGUGGAUGUGCUGCUGACUAACCUCAUCACGGGGAAAGUGCUUCCAACUGCUCGCCUCUGGAUAACCACACGACCUGCAGCAGCCAAUCAGAUCCCUCCAGAGUGCGUUGACAUGGUGACGGAGGUCCGAGGGUUCACCGACCCACAGAAGGAAGAGUACUUCAGGAAGAGAUUGAGAGAGGAGGAGCAGGCCGGUAGAAUCAUCUCCCACAUCAAGACAUCACGAAGCCUCUACAUCAUGUGCCACAUCCCAGUCUUCUGCUGGAUCACCGCUUCAGUUCUGGAAGAUGUAACGGGAUCACAAACAAGAGACGAGCUGCCAAAGACCCUGACUGAGAUGUACAUCCGCUUCCUGGUGGUUCAGUCCAAAGUAGGGAAUGUCAAGUAUCGUGGAGGAGCUGAGACGGAUCCACUCUGGAACACCGAGACCAGCAAGAUCAUCAUGUCUCUAGGGAAACUGGCUUUUGAGCAGCUGCAGAAAGGCAACCUGAUCUUCUACGAAUCCGACCUGAGAGAGUGUGGCAUCGAUAUCACAGCAGCCUCGGUCUACUCGGGGGUGUUCACACAGAUCUUUAAAGAGGAGUGUGGGCUGUGUCAGGAAAAGGUCUUCUGCUUCGUCCAUCUGAGCUUUCAGGAGUUUCUGGCUGCUCUGUAUGUCUACGUGCAGUUCAUCAACACCGGUGUCAACCUACUGUCAGAGCCACAGUCCAGAUCCUGCUGGUCUCCGCUGUUAAGGGACAAAUCUAAGGUAAACCUACUCUACCAAAGUGCUGUAGACAUGACUAUACAGAGUCCAAAUGGACAUCUGGACUUGUUUCUUCGCUUCCUCCUGGGUUUCUCACUAGAGACCAAUCAAACCCUUUUGCAACAACUGCUGAUACCAUCAGGAGGCAGCUUCCAGAACUAUCAGGAAACAGUCAAAUACAUCAAGAAGAAGAUCAGAAGGAUUCCAUCUCCAGAGAGGUGCAUCAACCUGUUCCAUUGUCUGAACGAACUCAAUGAUCAUUCUCUAGUGGAGGAGAUCCAACAGUACCUGAGUUCAGGAAGUCUCUCCACAGACAAACUGUCUCCGGCUCAGUGGUCAGCUCUGGCUUUCUUCUUACUGUCAUCAGAAGAAGACCUGGAUGUGUUUGACCUGAGGAAAUACUCUGCUUCAGAGGAAGGUCUCCUGAGGCUGCUGCAAGUGGUCAAAUCUUCCCGAAUAUCAUGCCUGAGAAACUGUGAGCUGUCAGAGAGAAGCUGUGAAGCUCUGGCCUGUAUUCUUACAUCCAAGUCCUCCAGUCUGAGAGAGCUGGACCUGAGUAACAACGGACUGCAGGAUUCAGGAGUGAAGCUGCUGUUUGGUGGACUGCGGAGUCCACACUGUAGACUGGAAACUCUACGGUUGAGUGGCUGUAACCUGUCAGAGAAAAGCUGUGAAGUUCUGGCCUCAGUUCUCAGCUCGCAGUCCUCCAGUCUGAGAGACUUGGACUUGAGUAACAACGAGCUGCAGGAUUCUGGAGUGAAGCUGCUCUCUCCUGGACUAGAAAGUCCACACUGUAGACUGGAAACUCUAAGGUUGUCAGGCUGUCAGGUCACGGAGGAAGGCUGUGUCUCUCUGGCCUCAGCUCUGAGCUCCAACCACUCCCAUCUGAGAGAGCUGGAUCUGAGCUACAAUCAUCCAGGAGACUCAGGGGUGAAACUGCUUUCUGCUGGACUCGAGGAUCCACAUUGGAGACUGGACACUCUCUGUGUUGACCAUGGUGGAAGGCAUCGCUUGAAACCCUUCAUGUAUGCCUGUGAACUCCGGCUGGACCCGAACACAGCGAACAGGAAGCUGAUGUUGUCUGAGGACAACAGAAAGGUGACGGAGGUGAAAGAGGAGCACCCUUACCCCGAUCACCCAGAGCGAUUUCACCACUGGAAGCAGGUUCUGUGUAGAGAUGGUUUGACUGGGCGCUCUUACUGGGAGGCGGACUGGAAAGGAUGGGUUAACAUUGGAGUGGCAUACAAAGGAAUCAAAAGGAAAGGGCAGGAUGACGAGGGUUGUCUUGGCGAGAACGACAAGUCCUGGGGUCUCUUCUGUUCUGGUAAUGGUUACUCCGCCUGUCACAAUAAGAGAACAACAGACAUACGGGGCAUCCAUUCAUCGUUUGACGCUGGCAGAGUAGCAGUGUAUGUGGACUGGCCUGCUGGCUUUCUGUCCUUCUACAGAGUCUCCGCUGACACACUGAUCCAUCUCCACACCUUCAACACCACUUUCACUGAACCGCUCUAUCCCGUGCUCAGGUUUAAUAUCAGGUCUGCAUCUGGUUCUUCAGUGUCUCUGUGUAAGUGUGAGGAGGGAGAAUCUGAAGACGCACACUGCUUCUGAAACUGAACACAAAAAUACACGCUGAACACACGCCGAACACACACACACC